CAACACUUGCAGCUACACAGACUCUUAAAUACAGAAAUUGAUUCCGAUUGGAAUUCCAUUCAUCCAACAUGGCACCACAUACAGUCCACCUGUUUUCUAUCCCAGAUGCAAGUGAAGCAUUAAUAAUUCAAUCUCUCUGAAAGGGCACACCCAAGCCCCUUACAGUCGCCAGAGCACAUUACUUUGUCUCCACCUCUCAUCUCUCAUCUACACUCCAAAACGAUCCCACCAGCAAUACCCCUCUCUUCAAUCUCGUGACUAUCCUUCCCGGUUCCUCAACCCCAGUCCCGCCAUCCAUCACCGAGAUCUCAACUAGAACUUUAUCUUUUACGGUCGACAUCGAAGACCACUGGUCUACAAACUACGCCGAACGCAACGCAAUGCUCCUUCACCGCACGAAAGAACCAGUCCCACCUUUCCCGCUCACCCCAUCCUCACCACCCGACCCCAAUGAAGAAGAAGUCGAGUUCUCACUCACGCCAUCUCUCCGCACCUUCUUCGCCGACUUCUCAGCCAAGUACGCCGGGCCCGUAACGAUGUUCAACUUCCUUUCUUUUCACGGAGGGAUGUUCCCGACGUAUCAGAAAUACAUGGAUGCGUUUAUCUCUGAUCUGGGGCCAAAGUACGGCGCUGAGCCGAGAUUGGUGGGUGAAAUUGUGAAGACGGAGGAUGGGGAUGGACGGGCAAAUGAGAAUGAGGUUGCGGAAAAGUGGGAGAAGAUGGCGUUUGUGCAUUAUGAUGGGGCGGUGAACUUUGCGAGGAUGUUGGAGGAUGAGAUGAAUAAGGGGUUGGGUCGGAUGUAUAAGAAACGGGUUGUGAGGGAUAAUCCGAUUUUGCUUCUUGUUGAGCUUGAGGAGUAGGCGGAUUCUUCGAAAGAGGGCGCAACGACGGGGAGGAAUCAAAAAUGCGUACUCUGAGUGUUUUACUCACCUUUUUGCUAUUCCCGAAUCUGUGUUACAAUUUCAAUGAAAAAUAAGCUGCAU